UUUUUUUAAUUAUUAGCUCACAGACUGUUUUAUGGUUUUCACUUUUAGCAUUGACUGUUUAAAGAACUCAUUAAGGUUAUCAAAGUGUAAUUGCUAAUAAGUACUUUUGCCCUAAUGAGCAUAACAAUUUUUUUUCCCCAUAUUUGUAGCUCUUUGCAUUAUUUCCAGAUUUUUAAAGAUAUCACAUGAUCAUUUUAUAAAGAGCUUCCAGGAAUUGCACUUCGUAUUCAGCUGCAUGUGGGUUACUAACAGGAGAUAAGUGAGAAAUCUACCCUUUCUGGCAAUUUUUGUUUGUUAUACAGUAAGUCUUAAAAUAGUAGUCAUAAAUUUUGAGUAAGCAUACCUGUUGGCUUUCUGUCAUAUGAGGCACGUAAACCAGCAUUCUUGUACUUUGAAUACUUUCUUUUCUAGAAUAACUUAACUCUUCUUGAAAAGUGAUUAAUGUGUGUGUUACCAAAAAAACACUUGAUAAGUUAGGGAGUGGCAGGUCAUUUUUUUCCUGACCUUUUACAUAUUGGAGGGCUGAGAAAUAACAAUGCUUAUUUAUUGAAAUAGAUGAUAUCUUUUCAGUUUUAUGGUUGUCAGUUAUGGAAUGUGCCACGCCCUUGACAGGACCAUCUCAUUCAACUUUGCCAGUGACUUUGAAAAAUUUUAUCACUUUACAGAUUCAAAAAAAAGAAGCCUCUGAGAGGUUGAGCAAUUUGCCUAUGGAUUCGCAGCCACUAACUGCCAGAAUUGGGAUAUAAACCCAAGCUGAUCCAGUUUGAAGGGUCACUUAAACCAUGCUUCCUAGCUGCUGCAUUUGUUGUACCAUACAUAAGGACAUUCCUAAACAAUGUCUCAGGCUGUGCAGGCGAAUGGAACUCAACCGUUAAGCAAAACAUGGGAACUUAGUUUGUAUGAAUUACAACGAACACCUCAGGAGGCAAUAACGGAUGGUUUGGAAAUCGUGGUUUCACCUCGAAGCCUGCACAGUGAACUGAUGUGCCCAAUUUGUUUGGAUAUGUUGAAGAACACCAUGACUACAAAGGAGUGUUUACAUCGUUUUUGUGCAGACUGCAUUAUCACAGCCCUCAGAAGUGGCAAUAAAGAAUGUCCUACCUGUCGGAAAAAGCUAGUUUCUAAAAGAUCACUAAGGCCAGACCCAAACUUUGAUGCCCUCAUCAGCAAAAUUUAUCCAAGUCGUGAUGAGUAUGAAGCUCACCAAGAGAGAGUAUUAGCCAGGAUCAACAAGCACAACAAUCAGCAAGCACUCAGUCACAGCAUUGAGGAAGGACUGAAGAUACAGGCCAUGAACAGACUACAGCGAGGCAAGAAACAACAGAUUGAAAAUGGUAGUGGAGCAGAAGAUAAUGGUGACAGUUCACACUGUAGUAAUGCAUCCACACAUAGCAAUCAGGAAGCAGGACCUAGUAACAAACGGACCAAAACAUCUGAUGAUUCUGGGCUUGAGCUUGAUAAUAACAAUGCCACAGUGGCAAUUGAUCCAGUCAUGGAUGGUGCUAGUGAAAUUGAGUUAGUAUUCAGGCCUCAUCCCACACUUAUGGAAAAAGAUGACAGUGCACAGACAAGAUACAUAAAGACUUCAGGUAACGCUACUGUUGAUCAUUUAUCCAAGUAUCUGGCUGUGAGGCUAGCUUUAGAAGAACUUCGAAGCAAAGGAGAAUCAAACCAGAUGAACCUUGAUACAGCUAGUGAGAAGCAGUAUACCAUCUACAUAGCAACAGCCAGUGGCCAGUUCACUGUAUUAAAUGGCUCUUUUUCUUUGGAAUUGGUCAGUGAGAAAUACUGGAAAGUGAACAAACCCAUGGAACUUUAUUAUGCACCCACAAAAGAGCACAAAUGAGCUUUUACUAAAAACAAUUCAGAGAAUGAACUUUUUAAUAGCCUAGUUCUUUAAUAUUAAAGAUGUACCGUCUUUACUUUUAUAGACAGAAUCUUGGAUAUGCUGUUCAGUUUUCUUUCUGAGCCAGACUAGGUUACACUAUUAGAAUCUUUCCCCCUUAAUUUAAGAUUGCCUUUUUGAAAGGGACUGCAAUUAUUCAGUACUUUUUCUUUCCUUUAAAAAAAUCUAAGUUGUGUGGUUCAUUUCACAAAGUGUGGUUCCAUUUCAAGGACUCUUUUGACCCAGGAAUUUUUCAUAGUUCUGUAUUCUGAAGUGAAAAUUCAGUUGGCCAUCCUUCUCCCUCUGCCCCAAAGUUUUUUAGGUCUGCAGAAUGUUAAAUAAUAUGUAUUCUGACAUUUUUCGCUCCCCAGUCUUGUAUAUUUAUAGUUUUCUAUAUAAACUAUAGUAUCUUCAUGAAGACCAAGACUCAAAUUUACUGUGCUUAAAAAACAAUUCUCAUAGGAUUAUUAUUUUCAUGGUAUUUUCUUCCAUAAUAUCUCAUUUUAAAAAGAGGUUCUUUAUGAACUUAGUGUCCAUUGUCAUGCAAUGUUAUUUUUUUUUCCAUUUUUUCUUGUAAUAAUUUUGGAAUUUCUGAUCCUGGGGAAAAGAAUCAAACAAAAUCUCAGGUUCUAUGAGAACUUGAUUCAUAUACAGAUUUCACUGAAGAAAGGAGAAUUAAAUUGGUCGUAUGUAGUCUUCAAAUGUAUAUUUAAAGAGGUCUUUUUUUUUUUUU